AUGAAGAAGCGCCUGCGCAACGUGGUGCGCCUGGCGCUGGGCGAGGCAGUGGCGCAGCGCAAGAGCGGCAAGUUGACGGAUGUGGAUGUGCUGUGGCAUGCGGUGGAAAGGGAGCUGAGAGAGGCUUCCGAAUCACAGCCUCUAGCUCCCCUCGCGCGAGCGCUGACCGAAGUCCGGCGUUCCGCCCGCAUCCUCUUCACGGCGCUUUCGCAGCGCGCCUCUGAGCGUGCCACGCUCUUGCUGCACCUGGCCGCGGCGCGCAAGCGCAAGCGCACGCUGCGCACGCAAGUGUGGGAACAGCGAAUGGAGCUGCUGCGCUUGCAGCGCGAGGCGGAGGAGCUGGAGAAGGCCGAGAAGGAGAGAAAGGAAAAGGUUGAGACGAAUACGAAGCUCGAGGGCUUCCUGCAGCAGCUCAGCUCUGCCUCUGUCGCCUGGCGCUGA